CUCACACACUCUCUCUCUCCCCCCCUCUCUUUCUCUGAUCUUUGUCACUCGGUUUGCCUUUACGGCUUCUUUGUUUCCUGCUUUAUUAAGCCUUCCCUUCAUUUAGUUUUUCUUCCUUCUCUUUUUUUAUUCUUCAAUCCCUCAGCCUCAGAGCUGAGCUUUCAGCACAGAGCACUCUCUCGGCCCCCCUGUUUCUUUAAUUUUUUUUUCUUUCAUCUGCUUCACCGGCGCUCGUUUCCCUGUAAACUCUUAAGCCCUCUAGUGAGUUUGAUUGAAGAAAGAGCAGAGAUGACGAGGCAGAAUGUAGUUGUAGCCGAUACCAAAUCCGGUAUCAACGUGGCGAUAACGAUGACGGUAUCGAACUCAUCCCUGUUCACGAAGGCGGUACAGAAGACUCGGGAGACACAGGGGGGAUGCAUAAACAUUCCACCGAAGAAAGUCGGAGGUGGAGCGAGAAUCAACGCGUGGGUUGAUUCAAUGAGAGCUUCCUCCCCCACCCGUGUCAAAUCCACAGCUUCUCUAUCCGACCAGAACUCUUGGAUGCUUCGCCACCCAUCAGCUUUGAACAUGUUCGAGCAAAUAAUAGAAGCUUCAAAGGGCAAGCAAAUAGUGAUGUUUUUGGACUACGACGGCACGCUUUCGCCCAUAGUUGAUGACCCGGAUCGCGCUUUCAUGUCCGACGCGAUGAGAGCAGCAGUGAGACAGCUUGCUAGAUAUUUCCCCACUGCUAUAGUGAGUGGAAGAUGCAGGGACAAGGUGUACAACUUUGUACGAUUAGCAGAGCUUUACUAUGCAGGCAGUCACGGCAUGGACAUUAAAGGACCAGCAAAAGGUUCCAAAUACAAAAAGGAGACAAAGGCUGUCCUCUUCCAACCAGCCAGUGAAUUCCUUCCCAUGAUCGACGAGGUUUACAAAGCAUUGUUGGAGAAAACCAAGUCCAUCCCAGGAGCAAGUGUGGAGCACAACAAGUUCUGUCUCUCUGUGCAUUACCGCUGUGUUGAUGAGAAGAAGUGGAGUAUUCUGGCACAGCAGGUUAGAUCAGUGUUACAGCAGUACCCUAAGCUUCGACUGACUCAAGGAAGGAAGGUGUUGGAGAUCCGUCCUACCAUUAAAUGGGACAAAGGGAAGGCUCUUGAAUUUUUGUUAGAGUCGCUCGGAUUUGGCAACUGUACCGAUGUUUUUCCUGUUUACAUUGGAGAUGAUCGAACUGAUGAAGAUGCAUUCAAGAUCUUAAGAGAUAGGGGACAAGGUUUUGGCAUUCUAGUCUCUAAAAUUCCCAAGGAUACCUCUGCAUCUUAUUCCCUACAGGAACCCCUUGAGGUUAUGUACUUUUUACAACGCUUGGUAGAGUGGAAGCGACUGUCAAUGAGGCAAUACAGGGUGUAAAGAGCAGAAGAAAUUAAAUAUUCUCCCUCCCUUUUGAGAAAUGUCAUAAGGGUUGGAUGAAAAUAUGUAAUUUCUUGUUGAAGAAUUAGUUUAAGAAAAUGAUUAAGAAAAAAAAGGAGGGAAGAAAAAGGACUUCCCCCUUGGCUUGAAGGCCUUGUACAUCUUGUAAGUUUGUCACUACCUGUGUACAAGGAAGAAAGUUUGUAACUGUGCAACUUGUCUAAAUGGAUAAAGGAUCUUGUUUCUGCCUUAA